AUGCGAUGACACUACCUACUAAAGUUAUUGAGUAGGUAUUCUCCCGAAUUAAGCCCACGAUACGUAUGACCUACCCAGGUAUCGGGCAGGUCCCGCUGCGUAUUUGUGACGUAAAUUUCAUACAAUAUCCAGUCAAUAUCGCGACCGAACGUUGUAUGAAUGGAGCCUCACCAAUUGAUGACGUAUUGCUGCCGUAAGGCGGCAAAACUUCCCCCGAAGGCUUGAACGGAUCACUUAGUAGGAUCAAUCAUACUUCGAAUCUCCAACACCUUAUUUGCAAAUUAAUUGAAGUGCUCGAGAUAAGCAUCCAGAUUUAGCAGUAGUAAUAUGGCGGCUUCAGAAAAUAAGGACCAGAACAAGGCCGGCAAGAGCUUUGAUACGGGCAGUACGAACGCCUUACCGACCGUUGAUCUUGCUAGUGGUAUAUUUGAGGCUCCUAGUGGUGUUCAACCCGAAGCCCAACCAAGGCAGCCGGUGUCAGUCGCUGGAGGUCCUCUCGACAAACAAGCAACCGUUGGAGGAAGAAAUGAAGCAAAGAAGUCCGCCGAUGAAGUACAGGAGGUAGUCAACAGUGACGGUAGUAUUAGCCGUAAACCGAAAGAUACAGCAGGCGCUGGUGCCAUGAUACUUUAGACGACCAUUCUCCGCUGGCGGUUAUGUACGGUUGGUCGUAGGUAUUGAUGUAUGUGUUAUUCUUUGACUAG